UGCUGUUAAAGUGUGACCAGAUUACUCUCUGGACCCACCUUGAAGCUCUCCCUCUUCUUGCAUUUGACAACAGCAGCUGUAGGAGCAGCUCUCUACCCAGACUUUAGGAACCGAUCAUGGCUUUGCGGCCCCGAGCUUCCUCCCAGCCAGGAAAGCUUUCCCUGCUUCAGAUUACCAAGGUAACCUCGUCCCUUCGUCCACGAGCUGUUUCCUCUCGUUCAAGCUCUGUGCUGGAGGAUGAGCUGUCUUGUCCCGUCUGCUGCGAGAUCUUCAAGGAGCCGGUUGUUCUCAAAUGCAGCCACAGCUUCUGCAGGGCCUGCCUGCAGCAGUUCUGGAACAAGAAGAAGGCCAGGCGCGAGUGUCCCAUCUGCAGGAGGAAGUGCUCUCUAACGGAGCCCACAGUCAGCCUUGCCUUGAAGAAUGUGGCUGACACUUUUCUGAGGGAGCAGGAGAGGAGGACAGCUUCAGCCAGUCUGGGGCCGGGGGCCAGCGUGGCAGGGGAGGAAGCAGUCCUGGAGGAGAAGUGUGUGACACAUGGGGAGGUUCUGAAACUCUUUUGCAUGGACGACUUUGAAGUCUUGUGCUGUGUGUGUCACACGUCUAAGAAGCACCAGGGACAUAAAGUGUGUCCCCUAGAUGAAGGAGCCCAGGAUCUGAAGACAGAACUAAAGAAGGACCUAGUCCCCCUGAAGAAGAACCUGCGCCGCCUGUAUGAAGCCAAGCAGGAGUGUGAUGACACAACUGUUCACAUCAAGAACCAGACUCUGGCCACAGAGAAGCAGAUAAGACAAGAGUUUGAGGAGCUUCGAGAUUUUCUCGAGCGGGAGGAGGAGGCGAGACUGGCCAUCCUGAGGAAGGAGGAUGAGGAGAAGAAGGAGCUGGUGAAGAGGAAGUCUGACAGCAUAACCAGAGACAUCCUCACUUUCUCUCAUGCCGUCAUCGCCAUUGAGAAUGAGAUUGCAUCCAGUGAUGCUCAUUUCCUUCAGAAUUACACCAACACAAAGAAACGAGCACAGCUCCCACAGAAGGAUCCAGAAAAAGUGCCCGGUGCUCUUAUAAAUGUGGCCAAGCAUGUGAGCUCGCUUAAAUACCACGUUUGGGCAAAGAUGGUGAAACUUGUUCAGUACACUCCCAUAACCUUGGACCCCAACACUGCCUACUCCUGGCUGUCCCUCUCCUCGGACUUGACCAGCGUAGCCAACAGUGGAUCCCUGCUGCAGCUCCCAGACAACCCAGAGCGCUUUGGUCACUUUGUGUUCGUGCUUGGAUCAGAAGGCUUCACGUCAGGCCGCCACGCCUGGGAGGUGGAAGUGGGCGGUAAGGUGGACUGGAUGCUCGGCGUGGUCAAGGAGUCCAUCGACAGGAAAGGGAAGAUUUCGGGUUGUCCGGAGGGAGGCUUCUGGAUGAUCUCACACUCUGAGGGCGAGUACUCAGCCAUGACGAGGCCUAGCACCCCGCUCCACCUGGAGAGGGACUUGACUCGUGUCAGGGUGCAGCUGGACUAUGAGGCUGGGGAGGUGAUUUUCUCCAACCCUGUGACCAUGAAGCCAAUCUACACCUUCACUGACGUUUUCACUGAAAAGAUAUACCCUUUCUUCUGCCCUGGAGUCAACAUUAAUGGGAGCAACCCCAAACCUCUUAAAAUCUGCCCCGCCAAAGUGGCUGUGUGGAACAGUGCAACCUGGUAAUACAGAAAGCAGGCAUGGGUUUUAUAUUGCAAAUGUUUCAUUUUCCUUUUCUUUUUUCACUAGUGUGAACUGAGCAACUCAUCAAUGCAAACCCUUUUUUGCUUCUUCAUGAGAAGCAGGGUGAGCAUAAGUCCUCCCUCUGGUGGUUAAAAAAACAACUCAUUUGGUCUAACUACCACCACAAGCAUUUUAACUUUAAUCUUAUAAUCCCCCCAAAUAAAAGAGAGAAUUCCAAACCAAAGGAUGCCCCCAAUUUCCAGCCGAUCUGCAAAACCUCCUCCACCUCUUUACCAACUCCAUCACUGAAAAAAAUCUACUUCUAGAUAAGUCAUUUUUUCUUAAAAUAAGU